AUGGGAAGACAGAAGAUCGAAAUAAAAAAAAUUGUGAAGAAAAGCUCCUUGGAGGUCACCUUCUCCAAGCGUCGAACAGGACUCUUCAAGAAGGCUGGCGAGCUUUGCGUUUUGUGCGGUGCUGAGGCCUCCGUCAUCGUCUUCUCUCCGGGCAGGAGGGACUUCGUCUUCGGCCACCCCUCCGCGGACGCUGUCAUCGAUCGCUUCCUCCAUCGCGAGACCAACUCUCGUGCGCUUGUUCCGGCGGGACAGGUGCAUGGGCACGUUCAGAGGCAAUACUUGGAGGCUCUUGGAAGGCUGGAGGUGAAGAGGGAGCAAGAAGAGACGGUGGGGGGAGAUGGGGAGGGUGGGUUUUGGUGGGACGCGCCCAUUGAGAACAUGGGGUUGAAUGAACUGGAGCAGUUCAGGGGUUCCCUUGAGGAGCUGAGGAAGAAGGUGGCGGAUCGAGUGGAGGAGAUGACCAUGAUGAUAAUUAUGGAGUAG